GGGGCUGAACCAAAACGAGUAAGGGGGUGGGCUGGGCUGCGGCCCCAAGAGGAGGCAGAAACAAAACAGAAGGGAGGAAAACAGUUUCAACCCUAAAAUAUAAAAAAUAAAAUAAAUGAUGAGGUAGAAUCCGUCAUCCCUGUGUGCUAGGCUGUUUCCUGCCCGCUUCAAUGCACUAAACCAUGGCUGCUAGGAGUGUCCAUGUCCCCCUGCUGCUGCUGAUCUUCUCCCUGUGGGCCCCGCAGACAUCAUCUGAGAGCUCAGGUCCGUCUGCAUCUCCCCCACCAGAGGGUCAGCUACUGUGCCUGUGCGACGGUUCCAAGUGCCUGCAGGAGCAGUGCCGCGGCACGCGCUGCUUCUCGUCGGUACGCGUGGGCAGCGGCGGCGUGGUGUUUGAGCGCGGCUGCCUGGAGGGUCCCAAGAAGACGCGGCUGCACUGUUCCACGCCGCCUUCCUCCCACCAGGCCAUCCACUGCUGCUCGCGCCGCCUGUGUAACGCCAACACCACCAGGAGUGCCGUUAUGGCCAUGCUGCCUUCAGCUCCGCGGGGCGAGCCGGUCGGCUACGGCGCCGGCACGCUGGCUCUCCUGGCGCUGGGCCCGGUAUUGGCGCUGGCGCUGCUGUCGGUGGCGUCGGCGCUGCUCUGCAGGAGGCUCCACCGGGGAUACCUUCACAGGCUGCAGGAGUUUGACACUGAGCACGGGGCCGUGGACGGACUCAUCACCUCCAACGCGGGGGACGGCACUUUAGCCGAUCUGCUGGACCACUCGUGCACAUCGGGAAGCGGGUCGGGCCUUCCUUUCUUGGUUCAGAGGACUGUUGCCAGGCAGAUUAGUCUGAUGGAGUGUGUAGGCAAGGGCCGUUACGGCGAGGUGUGGCGAGGCCAGUGGCAAGGCGAGAACGUGGCUGUCAAGAUAUUCUCCUCCAGGGACGAAAGGUCCUGGUUCCGAGAGACCGAGAUUUACAACACUGUGCUCCUGAGACACGAAAACAUCCUGGGCUUCAUAGCGUCCGACAUGACGUCGCGCAACUCCAGCACGCAGCUGUGGCUGAUCACGCACUACCACGAGAACGGCUCCCUGUACGACUAUCUUCAGCGCGUGGCGGUGGAGACGCGCGAAGGCCUGGCCAUGGCGGCGUCGGUGGCCAGCGGCCUGGUACACUUGCACACCGAGAUCUUCGGCGCUGAAGGCAAGCCGGCCAUCGCUCACCGUGACCUGAAAAGCAAGAACAUCCUGGUGACCAAGGAGCUACGCUGCUGCAUCGCAGAUUUGGGUCUGGCGGUGACACACUCGCAGGCCGACAACCUGCUGGACGCGGGCAACAACCCCAAAGUGGGCACCAAGCGCUACAUGGCUCCCGAGGUCCUGGACGAGAGCUUACACACAAAGUGCUUUGACGCCUUCAAGCGGGUGGACGUCUGGGCCUUCGGGCUGGUGCUGUGGGAGAUCGCCAGACGCUCGUACAGCAACGGUAUCGUGGAAGAAUACAAGCCUCCGUUCUACGAUCAGGUGCCGAGCGACCCGAGCUUCGAGGACAUGAGGAAGGUGGUGUGUGUGGAGCAGCAGAGGCCCUUCAUUCCCAAUCGCUGGUUCUCCGACCCGACCCUGUCGGCUUUGGUGAAGCUGAUGAAGGAAUGCUGGUACCAGAACCCGUCGGCCAGGCUGACAGCGCUGCGCAUCAAGAAGACCCUGGAUAAGAUUCACAGCUGCCUGGACAAGGUAAAAGAUUCGUGAGAGACGGACGGAUGGGCGAGCCGGAACGGUUUUUCCUUUUUAAUCCCGUGGCGGCCUUUCUGCGGACUUUUGCUACCGAGCCACACGGAGGACGGUGGACUUCUUAAUCGAACUGAUGUCGUCUUUUCCGAUCCAUGGCUUCAAUGCGGCGAGAGACAAAAAUCGACAAGCGGUUAGCGAGAUGCUAAACGCUACCACAAAGACUACUACGGUAUUAUUGAAAAAGGCAAGCAUCACUGAAACAACUUUAUUACUUUAUCAGUCAAAUACACGAGUAUAUAGGGGGAAAUGAAAUUAAUCCGUGAUUUACUGUUUGCAAUUGUCUUGGAUUAAAAGAAAAAAGAGAAAAACUUGUAGCACUCUUACUUUUGGCAAUAAAACGCCUAAUUCCGAACAGGCUCCGCCCACUGUGUCACAUUUGUCAUUAUGCAACUUGCAAGGAGGCAAUCAAACACUACAAAAGCCAGGUGUGCCAGCAUUUCUCAAUUUUUCCCAUUUUAUUUUGUCCUACGUGACCUGGUUUACUGCAAAGACACUUUAGGACCGACUCCGGCUUCAGACAAUAACACAAUCAGUGAGUACACGCUUCCAGUGUCCAAAUAUUGGUGCAGUGGUUUGGGGAAUAAGAGUUGAGCUUUCUCACCCUUUUGCAGAACGCUGAUUCUCAACUGCGUUAAGCCGAUGAUAUUUCUUUAACAUUAUUUCACCGUACUUAAUUUUCUCAAAAGAUGAAUAGUAAUGAACGGGCCAGAGUUUGACACCCCUGUUCUAAACCUCCUUAAACUAUAAAGAAAGAAAAAAAACAUGGUGCCCCUAGUGGCGGUUGGUUAUACUGCUGGCAGUAGAUCUCCGCCAACCUUAAUUAUUUAACUAAUGGAUAAAUAGUUCAUUAAUUACCCCAUAUUCGCUACAUCAUCGGUUACAAAAGGAGACUGACACUGUUCGAAAGCAAUUCAUUUCACGGCAUACGUCAAAAUCUGCAUUUAUUAACUCUGCAAAUUGGAACUCGAUAGAAACGUGAAAUGUUCCGGGACGCAUGAAAUGGAGCUUUUCACCAUAUUUAGGGCUCCAGGUGACUUCCUUCACAAUCCAACAUUUGACCCAUUUCGCCUUUUUCCACCACUACCUUGGUCAAACGUUAACUAGUAGCAAUGCAUGAUGGUGAAAAGGUUCAUUCAUGUUUUUCUUUUCUUCUUACAUACUAUGUUUCGAGCGCGGUUCUAACGUUAGUACAUAGCAAAGCGUUAUUUUCAUGCCAUCUAUUGAGAUGAAUGAGAUCUCCAAAAAAAUACCGAAUGGGUAAAGAUGACCUGCUGUGUGUCACUGUGUGUGUGUGUGUGUCAAAUUCCAGAGGCGUGCGAUGCGCGCAUUAUUUCUCAGGGCUUUUUUUUUUUUCUUUCAACUUGAGUUUGUCUUUCCAACGAGUGAUUUUCAGAUCAUGUUG